AUGUCGCUGAGCCUGCACAUGAUAGCUGCCGCUACAAAGGUGACUCAGGCACCAUGUACACAUUUUCAGGAAGCUGAAUUCGAGAUCACGGUACCUAACGCCCCCCAGAUUGCUUUGCAUGGACAAUCAAUUAUACUGUCCUGCAGUUUCUCUGUUGGGAACUCCUGGCAGCUGUCAAGUAGUGUGAUGACAUGGCAACGUGGCCUGGAGGUCAUUCACAGUUUCUACCACAGUCAAGACCAACUGGACCGCCAGAGUCCUCACUUUGCCAACCGGACCAGCCUGUUCAUCUCAGAGAUAAGCAAGGGAAAUGCAUCCCUUAAACUGGAUCACAUCACCCCAGAGGAUGCAGGGAUUUAUACUUGUUCUGUCAGCACCCAGAUGGGCAGUCAGAAGAAAAGUUUUCCUCUGAAGAUAGCAGCGUACUACCCAGAGCCUCGUCUGCGUUUCUCCAUAUCUGCUCAUGGAUUGGAUGUGUUCAUGAGCUCAGAGGGCGGUUACCCAUCUCCCACUCUCCUGUGGGUCACUGAGAGUGCAGAGGACAUCGCAAACCACACAGAAACACACCUGACACAGGACUCAAACACAAAACUCUACAACGUCAACAGUACACUGACUCUAACAGGGAUCACCAAUGUCUCCGUCACCCUCAUACUUAGGAAUACGGAGCUGCACCAGGAGAUCAGGAGGGAGCUUGACAUGAACCUCAUCUCAGUUAAAAAGUAG